AUGGCGCGUCGGAGCAUUGCCGCCUUCAUUGCCUCACUGGCUGGCGCACGCGCCGGCACCGUCGGCUUCGCCGGCACCUACGUGAGCGGCGGCGGCGGCCCACCGACCACCUUAGACGCGUUGGGAGCUUGGGCCGCGGCCCUCGGCGCGCCGGAGACGACCGAGACCGCGCGGCUCCCGGCGACGAGCCUCAUAAAACCGCCGCGGCGCCUCGCGCUCCUCGUGGCGGCCCCGCCGAAGGGCAGCGCGGGCCUCGAGCGCACGACGAAGCUCGCGCCGCACGAGGACGGCUUCGCGGCGCUGGGCGCGGCCCUCCGGCGGCCGCUCGCGGGCGACGGCCGCCGCAUCCAGGUGGCCUGCGCGGGCGGCGGCGACGACGCGCGGGCGCUCUGCGACGACUGGCGCGAGCCGCUCGACGCGACGGGCGCCUUCGCGCGCUUCAAGGAAGGCGGCGCGCUGCGCGACGCGAUCAUUAGUAAAGGCGGGUCUAUCGAAGCGGACGGCGCCGUCGCGUUCCCGAAGGUCGGGAAGGUGGACGAGCCCUUGGUGGAGGAGGUCGCCGCGCUCGUCGAGUACGCGUUGAAACCGGGCGCGGACCGGCUCGACGUCCUCGUGGCCUCGGAGGCGUCUCAUGCAGCGAACGCGGCCGCCGCGGCGCAAUUGUUAAAGUGCGCCUGCGCGGCGAUCAGUAGCAAUGAAGACCCCGCGGCGCUCGUCUUCGUCGAACAACCAACAGCCAAGAGCCGCCGCCUCGCCGCGACGGACGCGCCCACGGCAUCAUCUUCCACGGAAUACUACUCGCUCGAGGAGAUCCGCAACUACCAGAUUUGUCUCUGGACGGCGAUCGCGCUCAUCUCCGUAUUACUUAGUGCGGUCCUGUUCCUCGCCUGCAUGCGGCCCGAGUACGACUCGCUCCUCUACGCGACCUUCCAGGCGAACGUCGGCGACCACUUCGGCAAGGAGAACUAGGAGUCGCUUUCGUUCCCCUUUCCCUGUAUAAGUAGCU